AUGUAUCAUCCCUUGGAUAUUCUCUCCGAGAAGGAAACAGAUAUUGCGCGAGAAGUCAUCUCUGCCGCAUAUCCAGGCUCGGUUCUUUUCUUUCGCGAAAUUUAUCUGGAAGAGCCCACUAAGGCCGAGCUCAUCCCAUACCUCGAGUUGGAGCACAGUGGGAAGUUAAGUCCUACAUCUCCUCGACCAAGACGUCUUGCAAAGUGCCAGUAUGAUGUUGUUGGUUCUGAACGAGUCCCCGAGUUCCAUGACGCAAUUGUCGAUGUCGAGAAGCGGCAGCGAGUCUCACACACCGUUGUUGGGAAACAACACCACGCUACGUUAACUUUGGCGGAAUUCGAAAUCUUUGUAGAGACCUGCCAGACGUCUCAGAAAUUCAAAGAUGCUGUAGCUGAAUUCAAGCUCCCGGAAGGAUUCGACGUUGUCAUCGAGCCAUGGCCAUAUGGCGGUCGUGACAAAGCUACUGAUGAUAGUCGCUACUUCCAAGGACUGAUAUUUGCUCAAGACCAGCGAUCUGGCAACCCAGACUCCAAUUUCUACGGCUACCCGCUACCCAUCAUCCCUGUGAUGGAUUACCACAAACGCGAGAUUAUCCGAAUCGAUCGCCUUGCAACUGGUGGAAGAGGCGACGGCCUCACUCAAGAGGGGUUCCGUGAGGAUAUAAUAGGACAUUGCUCAUCUUCAGAGUAUGUGCCGGAGCUAUUGGCCAAUGGAACCAGGGAAGACCUCAAGGCACUCAACGUGCUUCAACCAGACGGUCCCUCGUUCAAGGUUUCGAAUGAGUCUCUGGUUGAAUGGCAGAAGUGGAGAUUUCGUGUUGGAUUUAACCCGCGCGAAGGUGCAACCAUUCAUGAUGUCUACUAUGAUGGACGAAGUGUGAUGUACCGACUCAGCAUCAGUGAGAUGACUGUUCCGUAUGCAGAUGCCCGGUACCCUUUCCACAGAAAGCAGGCAUUUGAUUUCGGUGACGGCGGAGCAGGCAACUACACGAACAACUUGUCACUUGGUUGUGACUGCUUGGGAGCUAUCAAGUAUUUUGACGGUGUUAUAACCGAUGCCGAAGGCAAGCCUACAGUUGCUCCAAACGUCAUCUGCCUUCAUGAGCAAGACAAUGGAAUCGGUUGGAAACACACAAACUGGCGGACCGGACGUGCGGUUGUAACGAGGUCGCGAGAACUGGUUGUUCAGUUUAUCAUCACGCUAGCCAACUAUGAAUACAUCUUUGCCUACAAAUUCGACCAAGCCGGUGGCAUCGCCGUCGAGUCGCGGGCAACAGGUAUUGUCAGCGUUGUGAACAUUGACCCCGGAAAGCAGUCCGACUACGGAAACGUGGUAGGAAACGGCGUAUUGGCUCAGAACCACCAGCACAUUUUCUGCAUCCGCAUUGAUCCUGCUGUUGAAGGUCACCAAAAUACGGUCUAUGUGGAAGAGUCCCACCCUGUGGCAAUGAAUAAGACAACCAACCCGGAAGGCAACUUUUACGAAAUCCGUAAAUUGCCCGUCGAAAAAUCAAGCUGGUUUGAUGCAGCACCUCAACACAACCGAGUGAUCAAAAUGGCGAAUACAAACAGAAUCAACCCUAUCAGCGGCAAUCCUGUGGCAUACAAAUUCACGCCGAUGGCUACACAAUUGCUUCUUGCUGAUAAUGAAUCGAUCCAAGCUAGACGAGCCCGGUUUGCGCAACAUCACGUAUGGGUGACUAAAUAUCGGGAUGGUGAGCUAUACGCUGCUGGAAACUUCACGCUACAGAGCCAGGAAGAGAUUGGAGGUGUUUCAGAUGCCGUGAAGCGAGGAGACGACGUCAAGAACGAUGAUGUGGUCGUUUGGAGCGUGUUUGGGAUCACUCAUAACCCGCGGGUUGAGGAUUGGCCUGUUAUGCCAGUGGAGUGCUAUCAACUGAAUAUCCAACUGCAUGAGGAGGGUGUGCGGCAUGAUGUAGGAAACGACGACGUGGAUAGUUUCCUACGCCUGUUGCGUGAUGUUAGUGGCAUGUCUUAUGUGGACGAUGAGGCCAAAGAAAAAAAGGAGAAGGUGAAAAAGAAAAGAAGCAACGUCGAACGCCCUGCCAUAGUAUCCGCUGGAACCUCCAAUUGGCAAUUAUCCUGCCAAUUUCCCCACCAAACCGCAGCAGAAAUGGCCAGUUUAUUGGACACAUACCAAACCCCUCUGGGUUCCCGCUAUGCCUCCAAGGAGAUGCUCUCGCUGUUCUCCAUGCGCACGAGGGCUGCGACAUGGAGAAAACUCUGGCUUUGGCUGGCUGAGUCUGAGCAAGAGCUCGGAAUAAAGGAGAUCACCGACAAGGCUCUCGAGCAGAUGAGAGCCAAUUUGGUCAUCACCGACGAGGCCUUCCAGGUCGUGCAGGUAGAAGAGAAGCGCCGUCGACACGAUGUCAUGGCCCAUGUCCAUGCUUUCGGACAAGAUGCCCCUGCUGCCGCAGGUGUGAUUCAUUAUGGUGCUACAAGCUGUUAUGUCACAGACAAUGCGGACUUGAUAUUUAUUCGAGAUGGAUUGGAUCUUUUGCUUCCAAAGCUAGCAAAAGUUAUUCAGAACCUUCAAGCAUUUGCUUUGAAGCACAAGGACCUUCCAACUUUGGGGUUCACCCAUUUCCAGGCCGCCCAGCUCAUCACGGUUGGCAAGCGUGCAGCUCAAUGGAUCCAGGAGCUUGUCAUGGAUUUGGAGGACAUUGAAAAUGUUCGGGACCAGCUUCGAUUCCGCGGUGCCGUGGGAACCACCGGAAGUCAAGCUUCCUUCAUGGCAAUCUUCAACUCAGAUGGCGACAAGAUUGACGAACUCAAUAAGAAACUGUGCGAGAAAGCCGGGUUCCCAGGAAUUUAUUCAGUCUCGACUCAAACAUAUACCAGAAAGGUGGACCUGCGAGUGGCCAAUGCGCUCUCCGGUCUUGGGGCAACUGCUCAACGUAUCGCUACUGAUAUCAGACAUCUAGCGCACCUGAAGGAAAUCGAGGAGCCCUUUGAGGCUGACCAAAUCGGUUCCUCUGCCAUGGCAUUUAAGAGAAACCCAAUGAGAAGCGAGAGAAUCACUGCUCUUGGAAGAGACUUGCAGAACAGAAACGCAAACGCCGCCCAGACAUUUGCGAGCCAGUGGUUUGAGAGAACCCUUGAUGACUCUGCUAUUCGUCGGGCAAACAUCCCUGAACAAUUCCUGUUGGCCGAUGCGAUCUGCCUGAUGCUUGACAAUGUUACCAAUGGCCUUGUCGUCUAUCCCCGAGUGAUCCGCUCCCAUAUCGAUGCCGAGCUGCCGUUUAUGGUCACCGAGAACAUUAUCAUGCGCAUGGUCAGCAAGGGAGCAAGCCGACAAGAGGCGCACGAGGAAAUCCGCGUCCUUUCGCACCAAGCAGGAUCCGUUGUCAAAAACGAAGGCAAACCCAAUGACCUCAUUGAAAGAAUUCGCAACACCGAAUACUUUGCCAUGGUACACAAAGACCUCGAUUCUGUGCUUGAGCCGUCGCUUUAUAUCGGCCGUUCUGCCAUUAUCACCGAGCGCAUGUGCGUAGAAGCCGGCGAGAAGAUUGCCAGAUAUCGCCACGUGAUAGAAAAGGUGGCGACGACAGAGCUGUCUGUCUAA